CUCUCUGGUUGGGAGAAACAGCUUUAGCUGGAUUCACCUCGGGACUCACAAGCAUCAGCAGCAGCAGCAGCAGCAGCAGCAGCAGCAGCAGCAGCAGUUUUCACUUCCCUACAUCAGCCACCUUGACACUGCAAUGACCUCACUCAGGCUGUUACCCUUGCUGCAGUCCCUUCUCGUCCUACAAGUCCAUCUUUCCGACCAGUUGGAAGACAACAAGAUCCCUCCCAGUCUGUGCACUGGUCACCCCGGUAUCCCCGGCUCCCCCGGAGUUCAUGGCAGUCCCGGUCAGCCAGGGAGAGACGGGAGGGACGGGAGAGAUGCUGCUCCGGGGGAGAAGGGACAGAAGGGGGACAGGGGAGACCAAGGUGAGACAGGAGUGCGAGGCCUGACCGGAGACAGAGGUGACCCAGGAGAAAAGGGGGAGACGGGACAGCCAGGAGAGUGCGCUGUGGCCCCCAAAUCUGCCUUUAGUGCCAAACUGUCCGAGGGCCACGCUUUACCCCUCACUGUGGGCGAUGCAGUCUGCUUCAACAACAUUGUGCUGAAUGAACAGGGCGACUACAACACAGAGACGGGGCGCUUCACCUGCAAAGUCCCUGGAGUCUACUACUUUGCCGUCCAUGCCACAGUCUACCGUGCCAGCCUGCAGUUUGACCUGAUGAAGAAUGGACACACGGUGGCAUCUUAUUUUCAGUUUUAUGGAAACUGGCCCAAACCGUCAUCUCUGUCGGGUGGCACCCUGCUCCACCUCGUCCCUGGCGACCAGGUGUGGGUCCAGAUGGCUCUGUCAGAGUACAAUGGAUUUUACUCCAGCACCAAGACAGACAGCACCUUCACCGGCUUCCUGGUGUACUCAGACUGGAAAAACUCUGCUGUGUUUGCAUGACAUGUGCUUAUGAACAAAACAAAGUCAUAUUCCCCUAUGGGAAAUGAACCACAACCUAUUUUUUUUGUGCCUGUUUUAGUUUCCUAAUUGAGACAUUCUGGAUAAUGACAAGUGAUUCAGCUUUGACGUCGUGCAGCUGUAUUUGUGUAAUAAGUCAAAAAACACACCAGACAAUGUUACUUGGGUGGCACAUACCGUACUGGUGAAGUGUGAGGUCCAUACACUGAGCAGUAAAUGUUAUUCAGUGUCUGUUCUUCAGCCGAGGCUUUUAAACUGUUGUGACAUUUAAUUCUUGUACCAGAUGUUGAACGGCCUCUAGCCAACUCCAGGCCGCAAAUUCGAGCUGCUUUUAUGCUAUUAUUGCACUUUGUUUCUCAUCAGUUUCUGCACAGUGAAGAUGAAACACGA